AGCGAAGACACUCCAGUGGGGAUGAGUUUCCUCCGUGUUGCCGCUCAUGACAAUGACCAAGGUGUGAAUGCUGCCGUCACAUACUCAAUGUUAGAGCAGCAAGUGGAAUACUUCCAGAUCAACCCCAGCACGGGCUGGGUAUACGUGAACCGCCUGCUAUCCCAGACAACGCGCAUCAGUCGCUACAUUGCAGCAACAGAUGGAGGGAACAGAAGCAGCACUGUGGAGCUGAUGGUAACUGUCACUAAUGCACUCAGCCAGCCACCCCAGUGGGAGCAGAGCAGAUACUGGGUAACCAUCCCCGAAAACACCAUUCGUGACACCAAGAUAGUGACCAUCAAAGCCACAUCCCCUCUUGGUGAUCCCAGGGUUACGUAUAAUCUGGAGGAGGGUCAAGUUCCAGAGACUAACAUGCCAGUUCGUUUCUAUCUGAAGCCAAACAGAGCUGAUGGAUCUGCUUCUCUUCUAGUCGCUGAACCACUUGACUUUGAGACAACUAAGUUUUUCACCCUGACAGUCCGGGCGCAAAACGUAGCAAUGACCCCUUUAGCUUCCUUUACCACUGUUUGUGUGAACAUAACAGAUGUCAAUGAUAAUGUUCCAUUCUUCGUGUCUUCUAACUACGAGGUGUCUGUGCCAGAAGGAGCUGAUGUUGGCACAUCUGUGGUUCAGGUGUUAGCUACGGACUUGGAUUCUGGCCUACAUGGAGAGGUGCACUACUUAAUAUUGAAAGAUGCUAGUGAGGAUUACCAAUUCUUCACCAUUGAGCCUGAGACAGGAAUUAUUUCCACCCAUGCCUCUUUUGACAGAGAGAAAAGAGCCUCUUACUUGAUUGAAAUUCAGUCUCAGGACUCUUCAGAAUCUGCUAGACCUGGUGUUCACGGGCAGCCCAACACAGACACAGCCUACGUAAGGAUUUUUGUCAGUGAUGUGAAUGACAACACUCCGUCAUUUCCUCGGUCAGUGUAUGAGGUCAGCAUAGAUGAGGACAGGGAUGUUGGAAGUCCCGUUGUGACAGCAACAGCAGAUGAUAAAGAUGAGGGUGCAAAUGCCAAACUAAGGUAUCAGAUCACAUCAGGAAAUGUGAAAGGAGUUUUUGAUGUGGAACCUGAGGUUGGAACUGUCUUCAUUGCUCAGCCUCUGGAUUAUGAACAAGACCAACGUUAUGAGCUCCGGCUUGUAGCUUCUGAUGGAAAAUGGGAAAACCACACUCUUAUCAUCAUCAAUGUCAUCAAUAAAAAUGAUGAAGCACCAGUCUUCACUCAGAACGAAUACCAGGGCAAUGUCUUGGAGGAGCUCACAGAUCUGCCUGUACUUGUCCUAAAGGUUUCUGCAACAGACCCUGACCAAGCGGCUGAUCAAAAUGCCAUUAACUAUUCCCUGCACGGACAGGGGGCUAGCAGCGAAUUCAGCAUCAAUGAGAACACAGGCGAGAUCAGCGCAAAUAAAAGGUUAGACCGUGAGAAGCGAUCAACGUGGCGCUUUCUUGUUCUUGCAACAGAUGAGAGCGGAGAAGGACUGACUGGCUUUGCAGAUGUGAUCAUAGAAGUGAGGGAUGUGAAUGACAAUGAACCCCUUUUCCUCUGUGCGUUGGAUGGCUGUUUCAUGGGCCACGUACCUGAGGAUUCUCCAGCAGACACUCCUGUCAUGGAAAUGACAGCAGUGGACCUUGAUGACCCAAAGGCUGGUAUGAAUGCUGUGCUAACAUACAGCAUCAUUCAGAACGUCCAAAAUGAAAUUAAUCUGAACUUGUUCUCAAUUGACUCAGUUAGUGGCACCAUCUAUACAGUGCUCAGGUCCCUGGAUCGGGAGAAGGAAGACAAAUACCUAGUAGUGGUUGAGGCCAGAGAUGGAGGAGGGCUUACUGGGACAGGCACCGCCACUAUUUUAGUGACUGAUGUAAACGAUCAUGCUCCAGUCUUUCUGCAAAGGAUCUACACGGCAUUUGUCUCUGAGAAUGCGAGUCUUAACACUGAGGUGGCAGUGGUGUCUGCUGUGGACAGAGAUGAGGGAGAAAAUGCCAUGGUGACAUUCAGCAUCCUUGAUGGGGACAACGACCGCAAGUUCUCCAUAGAGACAGAUGAAGUCAACAACUGUGGGUUUAUUCGACUACGAAAGCGGAUUGACUUUGAGAAGCCUCAUGAGAGGGUGUUCAAUUUGACUGUGAAAGCAGAGGACACGGAGUUCUUCAGCAUUGCUCACUGCGUGAUCUAUGUGGAAGACUCCAAUGACCAUGCUCCUGUCUUCUACCCCCAGUUCUAUGAAGUGGCUGCAUUAGGGGAAGAUGCGCUAGUUGGCACCAAAGUUGUUCAGGUUUCUGCUGUUGACUUGGAUUCUGGCCUGAACGGAAGGUUCUCUUUCCACCUGCUAAACAAGUCUGACCCAGGUGGACAUUUCUCUGUGACUAGUGAUGGGUGGGUGGUGGUUGCAGGACUGCUGGAUCAUGAGACAGUGACACAGUACCAGCUCAUUGUCAUUGCCACUGAUAUGGGGCAGCCCCCUCUGACUAGCAGUGCCACUGUUUUAGUGACUUUGCAGGACAUAAAUGACAACGGGCCAGAGUUUGAGGCUCAUUAUAACCCAGUGGUCUGGGAAAACACAGCUUCUCCACAGGUCGUCCAAAUGAACGAGACCUCUACGUUGCUGUACGCUAAGGACCGAGACACUGCUGCUAACGGAGCACCUUUCUCCUUUCACCUUCUCAGUGAUUUCGAUAGUUUGACUAACUUCAACUUGCAGGACUUCCACAACGGCAGUGCCCUGCUCACCGCACUGCGUACCUUUGACAGGGAAGUGCACAAGGUGUUCUACCUGCCCAUCCUGAUCACAGACAGCGGGAUCCCGCCAAUGAGCUCCACCAACACACUGACUGUGAAUAUCGGAGACCAAAAUGACCACCCGCAUUCUGCUGGCUACAUGGAAUGUCUCAUUUACAGCUAUGAUGGUAUCCUCCCCACGACUGUACUGGGCCAGGUCCGUGCCCCUGAUGAUGAUGACUGGGAUCACAAAAUCUACCAAUUUGAAGGAAAAACAUCAAGGUACUUUAUCCUUAAUGAUAACUCAGGUUUGCUGACUAUUAAAGAAGGAACCCCACCAGGAACCUACAACAUAAGAGUCAGAGUCAUUGAUGGAGUCUGGCCAGAUGUUGUCUCAACUGUAAAGGUUACGGUGAAGGAAAUCAAAGAUGAUGGCCUGCGUAAUGCUGGUUCUAUACGAAUAAGAGGUAUCACUCCAGAGGAGUUCAUAUCCCAAUCCCCUGAAAAACAGAGUAAAUACUACCAGAUGAAGAAGCUGCUUUCAGAAAUUAUAUCAGUCCAAGUCGAAAACGUUCACAUUUUCAGUGUAUUAAAUAGUGCAAGUCCAACCCAAGGGGUUGAUGUUUGGUUUGCAGUUUAUGGUCCACCCUAUUAUAAAGCAGAAAAACUUAAUGGUAAUGUAGCAGCCUCCAGAGCAUGGCUGGAAAACAUCUUGGAUAUAAAUAUCACCCAGAUUGGCAUUGAUGAAUGUGUGACCGCAAACUGCACUCAUAGCAGCGGAUGCAUCAGCAAGCUUGAACAGAAUCAUGUGCCAACAAUAACCACAGCUGGAAGCAUUUCACUGGUGUCUGUGACAGUCCUGAGUCAUGCCCUGUGUGGCUGUGCAGCUCGGGAGAGUCCUCGUCUCUCCUGCUCCUCAUACCAGACAAACCCUUGUCUCAAUGGUGGCACAUGUGUGGAUACUGAUUUGGGCUACAGAUGCAAAUGUUCUGCAAAUUUCCAUGGACCAGACUGCCAGCAGACAAAACACAGCUUCAGAGGACAUGGUUAUGCCUGGUUCCCUCCUCUUAAGCCUUGCUUUGAGAGCCGCAUCUCCUUAGAGUUUAUCACUGAAGUCGCCGACGGCCUUCUGCUGUACCACGGACCAGUGGCGCGAGGGCAGCCAGGAGAACAAGAAGAUUUCAUUGCAUUAGAGCUCUCUGGUGGCAUCCCGUCGCUAACCGUGAGCCACAGCUCUGGUGAGCUUUUCCUGCAGCUGUCACGAAAAGUUAACGUUGCAGAUCGCCGCUGGCAUAAUAUAAAAAUUAUAAAUGAUGGAAAGACAGUGAAGCUGAUUCUUGACCACUGCGUAAAUGUCUCAAUUAGAGGUGAUGACAGUGUCAUUAAGAAGCUCUCCCAAAUGGAUCUCUCUGCCUGUGAAGCCUCUGAAGAGACUGUGGGAAUUCAGAGCAUGGGUAGGCUCUUCAGUGGCCGUCAGCCCCUGCAGCUGGGUGGAGUUAAGAAGACUUUGCCUUACCAUGAUUCACAAAGGCGCUUCAGAGGGUUUGUUGGCUGCAUCCGCAAUGUCAUUGUUGAUAGUAAGGUCUAUGAUUUAGAGCACCCUGCAGAGUCCUUGAACAGCUCUCCCGGCUGUGUCCGUACAGAUGAGAUGUGUCAGAGCGGUGGGAUGGCCUCCUGUGGCGUCCAUGGCAAGUGUGUUGGUGGUUGGGAUUUCUUUCGCUGUGACUGUUCCCCGGGAUAUGCUGGACCAGCAUGUGAAAAAGUUCUUCCAGAAUGGGCUUUUGGAAGGGACAGUUGGAUCCAUUAUGAGCCAAGAAGCAUCCUCAGCACUCACAGCACUCAGAUCCAGCUGAUGGUGCGCACCCGUAUCUCCCACAGCACCCUUCUCAGCUUGGCCUCUGUAGAUGGGAAUGGAUACAUCCGACUGGAGGUGAUUGAGGGUUUCUUUAGCGUUAACUUCAGCUUGGGGGACAAAAGUCACUCUCUGAGAAUGAGGACAUUACGUAUAAACAACGGCCAGUGGGUUCUUCUGACCAUGGAGCGAUACAACAAUGAAUUUACCCUGCGUGUUAACAGUGGUGGAGGUGAUCAAGAAGUGACCUCUGUCUUGGGUACAAAUAGAUGGUUUGAAAUGGAUUGGGCAAGCAUCGUGCUAGGAAACCACCUUCCUAAUCAUUCAGAGAGCGAUUUCCAAGGUUGUAUGCGUGAUGUCCAGCUGAAUGGUCAGCCACUUCUCGUGGAAGGCAAAAGCACGGAGUUUGGCUUAAUUCUGAGGCGGCAAGGUGUCACGAUGGGAUGCCAUUCCAGUGCCUGCAGCAGCCAGCCCUGUUACAGCCCUUUCCUUUGUGUAGACCUGUGGAGAAAAUACGAAUGCCGGUGUCCAGCUGGGAAAGUAGAAGUGACUGACAGCCUUACAGGGCUCAGACACUGCACCUCAUCACCUUGUGGACACUGGACCUGUAGGAAUGGGGGCACCUGUGUGGCUCAAUCCCAAGACAAGACCAUCUGCCAAUGCCCUGAAGGUUACAAGGGAAGAUGGUGUGAAAUUAGCCAAGUGAAGGCUGGAAGACCUGUCGGACUCAGCUCUGGCUCUAUUCUCGCAAUCAGCAUGUGCCUCCUUGUCUUCCUAGCACUCUUGGUCUCCUACACGGUGUGGAGUCAGUGGGGAAGCUCAGGGUUUCGGAAAGGAGGAGUUUACCACAUUCCUGAAGAGCGUGAAAGCUGGGAGGAUGUUAGAGAAAAUGUCUUCAAUUAUAAUGAAGAAGGAGGUGGAGAACAUGACCAGAAUGCUUAUGAUAUAGAUGAGCUGAAGAAACCUCUCCAUAUGAUUCCCCACUUUUCCUUGAAGGCAGCUGCUCCACACUCCAGGACACCCACCGGCCCAAAAAGAGACUCACUCCCAAAACAUGCACAUCAGAAACUAUCGACAUCAGCUGUUACCGGCGUCCCAGACUUCAAGGAAUACGUUUCUCAAAUAAUUUGGGAUGCAGACAAUGAUCUACAGAGUCUUCCAGCUGACACUAUUCAUUUUUACUGCUUGGAAGGGCAAUGCUCUCUAGCAGGGAGCCUUAGUUCCUUAGACUCCAUUUGUGGUGAUGAAGAUCUAAAUUGUGAUUGCCUCCAAGAGUGGGGGUCAAAGUUUGACAAGCUUAAAGAACUCUAUAAGGUCUCAAACGAACAUUUAUAACUAGCUUAAAAAGAAAUUUGACACAUUGCCAUGACAUAUGGACACUACUUUUAAAAAUGCCCUUUUUUAUAUACAAGGUACAUCAAGU